AUGGGUCGCCACGUCUGCCCAGAAGAUUGUGAGCUUCACAAAAUUUGCAUUGGACCAGCGUGCGAAUGCCGCAAGCAGGACGGCCGCCCAACAUCCUGCUACCCGUGUAGGCUGGCCAAGACGGCUUGCCGACCGGGAUUGAGGGGAGGAGGGAUGUGCGGGCGGUGUUUGAGAAAGGGCAGCCCUCACCACUGUAAUAGACGUGGUGGUGAGGGCGCUCAAGGCGAGGGUAGGCCUGCCGACCGUCACGGCCCUCAGUAUCCGGUGGACUUUGGUCCCAACACCGGUGAGGCGCUGCUGGCGGGAGGGAUGGAGGCACCCUCACCAAUCCUUCAGCAGCCAACCCCCCCGGAAUCAGUCCGGUCCGCCUCUAAUGAGCCGGGUCCGGUACUGUUUCUGGGUUCCACGCCUCCUCCCCUCUCGGCGCCUACACUUACUCCUGCUCCCUUCCGUCCUAAUGCUUCGACUUUCCCUCCUCCAGCUUCCCCUGAUCCUACGGUUUCCCAUCCCGUUCCCGGUUUCUCUCCUGCCGCGGCUCUUCCUUUCGCGGCCGUGCAGUCUCCCGCCGCUGGUCUCUCUCCUGCUUUCGCUCCUUCCGUUCCGGCACCCAUUUCUUCCGAUCGCAUAUUCAGCCCUUUUGCCUCCGCCCCACAAUGUGAUUGCCCCUUAAGGUUGACCCGGGCGAAAGACGGAAUUGAACCUCAAUUGGCUGCAAACAACCACAAUUUUCUCGUCCGCCCUGUCCUUCUCGCGGAACAAGAGCUAGUCGACGCUCUCAGCCAAGUUUCGUGCUGUGUGCAUUGUUUUGAGCGCUACAAAAGGAGCCAGCUGCAUCUUAUGGAUAUUUGCCGUCUAAUAAUGAAAGGAGUGGCCGCAUUGACGGGACGUGUGUUGCCCAAAGCCCGGUGGUUAAAGCCUGAGGAGAAGGGCGACACCCUUCAGGUGUUGUUAACUUUUAUUGCUUUCCUGCGGCAAUUUGGCGAGCGGGAGCCUGCAGUGGGAGUCAUCGGUUCAGUCACCAGUUUGUUCAGUGACUUCAAACGAAACUGGAGCUACCACUACGUAGCUAGCACUCCCAGGUGGGCUAGAGCAUCGUCACCGAGCUCUAGUCUCCGUCUACGACCAUUCAACAAAAUCACAAUCAGCGUCGACUAA